GAAUUACUUCAUUUAAUUCACAUGUAAUAAAUUUAUGCACUUGUUGGGAUUGCAUCAUGUAAACAGUUGUUUCAUAAUAACAAUUUUGAAAAAAUGGUAAAAAAAACAAAAGCAGUGUAAAAACUUGUUUGCUGUAUGACAGAACAUCACAUGAAAGCCAGAGAGGAUGCAGGCAGUUUUCGUAGCUUUUUUCGUCAUGUCAAAUACGAACACUUGUUGGCAGGUCUUUCGGGAGGCGUUUGUUCUACACUCGCCUUACAUCCUUUAGAUGUCAUUAAAGUCCGAUUGCAAGCAUAUGAUGGAGUGAAUUCUGACCCUCAUAGAUCAUAUAGUGGACUUCGUCAUGCGUUCCGUAGCAUUUACAUGGAACAUGGAUGGAAGGGCUUUUAUCAAGGAGUGAUACCAAAUCUGUGGGGAGCUGGUCUUGCUUGGGGGCUUUAUUUUUUUGGUUUCAAUUUUUUGAAAGAUGCUAUAAAAGGAGACAAAAGACAAACACUAACAGCUAAGGAACAUUUAAUAACAGGCAUACUGACAGGUGCUGGCACUCUUAGCCUGACCAAUCCGAUAUGGGUUACCAAGACAAGGUUGAUUGUACAAAAUGAUUCAGCCAACCAUGCAUCAAAAUCCACUCAUUAUCAUGGAAUGAUAGAUACAUUAAUAAAAACAUGGAAGCACGAAGGAAUUCAAGGCUUGUACAAGGGUUUUUUACCUGGCCUGUUUGGAGUAUCCCAUGGUGCACUGCAGUUUAUGGCUUAUGAAGAACUUAAGAAAUUUCAUAGUUCAUAUUUUGGUACACCAGUUGACAAGAAAUUGAGUUCCUCUGACUAUAUUGUAAUGGCAGCUUUAUCUAAAAUAUUCGCCAGUGCUACAACUUACCCUUAUCAAGUGGUGCGAACAAGGUUACAGGAUCAAUAUAAUAUCGAACGUUAUAAUGGAGCUUUGGAUGUGGUGAUCAAGACCUGGCGAUUUGAGGGAUUUCGUGGAUUCUAUAAAGGGCUAUUCCCAAAUUUGCUCAGAGUGACUCCAGCUUGUUGCAUCACAUUCGUUACAUAUGAGAAUGUUCUUAGUUUGCUUCAAAGUGAAAAUAAAUAGAGAAAAACA